AUGCGGAGCGGAUGUUCCCGUUCCGUGGAGAACUAUGAAAAAAUGGAACAAAUCGGCGAGGGUACAUACGGCCAGGUCUUCAUGGCUCGAAGCAACACAACUGGAGAAAUAGUUGCUCUAAAGAAAGUCAGAAUGGAUAAUGAAAAGGAAGGUUUUCCAAUUACAGCUAUACGCGAAAUAAAAAUAUUAAAAUCAUUGGAUCAUAAGAAUGUUAUCAAGUUGAAAGAAAUAGUGACGUCGAAGGCUCAUGCUUUGAACCAGAAUAAGGGUAGCAUCUACAUGGUUUUUGAGUACAUGGACCAUGACCUUACGGGACUUGCAGACCGGCCUGGAAUGAAGUUCUCGGAGCCUCAGAUAAAGUGUUAUAUGAAACAACUCCUGACAGGGCUUUAUUAUUGCCAUCGUAACAACAUACUACACCGUGACAUAAAAGGAUCAAAUCUGCUAAUAGAUAACAAUGGUAUAUUGAAAUUGGCAGAUUUUGGCCUCGCCAGGUCAUGUGCCUCUGAAAGUAGUAAGACAUUAACAAAUAGAGUUAUCACACUCUGGUACAGACCUCCAGAAUUACUUCUUGGGACACAGUUUUAUGGUCCUGCAGUAGACAUGUGGUCCGCAGGGUGCAUAUUUGCUGAACUACUUCUUGGAAAGCCAAUUUUACCGGGUAAAAAUGAGUUGGAGCAGCUCGACUUGAUGUUCAAGCUCUGUGGUUCUCCUGUACCGGUGGACUGGCCUGAGGUUGAAUUGCUUCCUUGGGCAAGCUCUUUCGUUGGCAAGAAACGAUUUCCACGUAGAGUUCAAGAUGUGUUCCGGCGGUUUUCAAGGAGUGCACGAUCUCUUGUAGAAAGUUUUUUGACCCUAAAUCCAACUCAUCGCAUAUCUGCAAGAGAUGCUUUAGAUUCAGAUUAUUUUUGGGAAGAGCCAAUACCGUGCUCACCUCAGGAUCUACCAAAAUAUGAGCCGUCUCACGAAUUUCAGACCCGAAAGAGGCGACAGGUGUGGCUGUGUUGA